ACUCAUUUGUAUGUAUUAAAACAAAUAUCAACAACAAAGGUAACAAAAGCUUAAAAUAAAGACUGAAAAGAGCAAAUAAAAAUUAAAUAAAACAAACAAACAAACAAUUGUAAGGAAAAUUCUUGUUUUAAAGGAUUUUUUGUAAACUCAAAACAAAUAAAGGAAAGCUACAAAUUGAUCUCAUCAAACAAACAAACAAACUCUACUAAACUUUUAAGCAAUAUAUUUAUUUUUUCCACAAAGAAAUCGUAAUAAAAGCUCUUAACGUGAUAAUAAUUACUAAAGUUUUAGCUUAAAUUUAUACAUAGUAAUUAAAUUUAUUAAAAAAACAAAAAGCUCACAAAGUGAUUUAAAGCUCUACUAGCUUUUUUUCAAAAGCUUCCCACUCUCUAUCCAUCUCGUAUAAUGUUUAGUAGUCUUGCAUCGUUUCUCUUUGGAUCGAAUACGAAUUGUGAAACGAAUAGUGAAACGACUGCUAUUGCAACUGCAACUGAAGUAAUUGACGAACGUAACGCGAACACUGUAGAUGCUGAUAAUCUUAUAGAAGUAACAUCACUGACACCUUCAGUAACAGGUGCUGGUGGUCCGGGUCAACAGUUGAGAGCCAUUAAACGUGGCAAAAAUAAACGCAACAACGCUCGACAACAGAAUAAACGUAAAGGAUUAAAAAAUAGUAGCAACAGCAGCAGCAGCAGCAAUAAGGCGUUAUCGCCACUAACCUCCAAACAAACGAAACUACUAACCCCCAGUGAUAGUUGUGACGAAGAAGAAUUCGACGAAGACGAAUGGUUUAUUGUUGAGAAAGAAGCCGAUGAGGAAGACGAUUCCCCAUCUCGUAGUGAUUCCGAGGGGGAAAACGUUCCUGUGAUCGAGGUCGUUAAGACCACCAAACCAAUAACCGCUAAUGCAGCCAGUUCAUUGGCUCAGCAGAGGCGUUUACAACAUAUCAAUUCGCAUUCCCUCUAUAGUGGACCACGCCCACAAAAACAACGUAAUUAUUUGCAAAAAACCCGCAACAACACCAACAAUCGCUCCGGCAACGGUUUAAGUGUCUCAACAUUAAGUCCAUCGCGCACAGUCAACGAUGGCCGCAAUGGCAGCGGUCAAGAGGCGAAAGCUGAUGGCGGCAUCACCCGUUCGUUGUAUGUGGUCACCGCUACAACGCCACAAAGUGACGAGAAGCCACUGGCCAUCAAUACAGCUAACGGUUUAGAAGCGAUCACCAAAAUGGACGAAUCAUGGUUCGUAACACCACCACCAUGUUUCACCUCCAUUGGACCCAUCAAUAUGGAAACUUCACCCUAUGAGAACCUAUUGAUUGAGCAUCCAAGCAUGUCGGUGUAUCAUAGUAUUAAAACGGCUCAAGAGGCCGCCACUGAAAGUUUCAUUAAGCUAGACAUCGGUGUUAAUGAUAUGGCUGAAGAGCAAAAGGCUAAUGAGACCACACCCAAGAAGAAUCCUCAAGCGGUUCAGUCACGCUCUUCGGGUUCGGCUUAUCGUUUGGAUCGUCAAAGUGUGGCCCAAUUGAAGCAAGAAUUAAUGGCUCGUAAUGUGCAAAAGAUACAAACUAAAAAGGAACGUAAGGACAUUUGUCGCACCGCCAUUAAACGUGCCAAUAAAGUACGUGACGUCCAGUCCAGAAAUCACACCCAGCGUCGUGCUGAUCGUCAACACAGCAAGAUCUUUAGCAAUGCCAACAACAACCGCAAAUCCAACUGCUGUUAAACAGAUGGCUACUCUGGACAUUGUUUUUUCUUUCUCACAAAAUAAAAAGGGUUUCCAAAUUUAGUUCAAAACCCAAAAUUUCUCAAAAAAACACCAUUUUAUUACAAAAAAAAAAAAAAAACAAUCAUUUAAACAGAGAAAACCCAUAACAACUUUUAACAAAUUAAUUUAAUUUACAAAACAAAAAAAAAUAAUUCUAAGAUUUUAAUUGAGUAUAAAAAUAAAUAAACAAGACAAAA